GAACAAAGUUGUUGCAAGAUUAUCAUAAAUACAAAGGAAACCAUGAAUUGUUCCUUAUGGUUUCCUUUGUUGUUUUCCAUAUCUGAGCUCAGAUCUAUUGUUGUAUUGUCCAGCAUGAUUCAGGUUGACAUACUCCCCAGGCAGAGGGGACGGGAUAAAAUUAGACGGAGGGAUGGAUCAGCUGUAUAUAAUAUCCAGUAAGAAUCAGCUGACACUUGUUUACACAAAACAAAAUGUGACUUGCAUUCUGUUUCAGUCGCAGAUUCAAUCUGGAAUCGGGAAACUGGCAGCAUAAGCAUUUUUCUUUUUUCUUUACUUUUCCCCCUCCUUUUCAUUGGGGGCAUUAUUGCAUCGUGGGAAUAACACAAUGUGCACCGCGCUUACGCAACAGAGAUCGUCAUUCGGCAGAGGGUUUGCGGGGCAAGGACGAAAUUAAAGCGAGCAUUUUUGAAUUCCAUUUUUGUUAAUCCCACUGAUUUUCUGAAGGGAUUAGCGGACCGAGCAUGAUAGAGGCACCGCUGGUUCGCCUGGCACCGCUCGGAUCGGGAGCUGCAGACAAAUAUUUCAGAGCAUAAUCCCUUUUUUGUAUCGUCCAACCAAUGGAUGAGGCGAGAUCUGCAGGUAAUGUUCUUCCUAAAUCCACUUGCCCUGUACCGACUGGCCUUCCCAUCAACUGGGGACUCAUCACUGGCCCUGUUCCAGAGCCUGAUUUCGGAGCAUCUUCUUUAAAGACCUCGCUGCCUCCUCACCAGAGUUCAGCCUCGCAUGCGCUACAGACCAAAGUGAAGUCGUUGACUCAGAGAAGAACAAGAGGCAGGGAGAGGGAGAAGGACAGAGAGAAGCUGGACGCAGGUGAGAUGCGCACAAGUGGCUCACCUGGGCAAAAUUCAUCUGAAGUACUCCUGAGGCAGAGGCAGAGAGCCAAAGGCCAGUUGUUUGUGCCAUCGACCUCCUGGCGAUCAGGUGCUGCAAAGAACUUGAGCAGCAGCGAUGAAGAUGAGGAGGUAGAGGUUCAGGUUCGAUUGGAGAUCCACAGUCCUCCUGUGGACCUACAAACGGAACAGGGGACAGAGGAAAGCGAUGAGGAGAAGUCAGAACAAAAUGAGGGCCAGGUCAGCUCUUAUGGGCUCGAGGAAGGCACCAGUCUGGAAAGUCUUCUCUCAGAUAACUCAAGUAGUAGCAAGGAUGAGCCGUCGCUUCCUCCUCUGCCUGCCGUCUCCUCCUCUAUUUCUACUACGUCUGCUUCCACCUCAUCCUCUUCUUCAGUGAGACACUGGGCACCUCCAAAGGGCUUCUGGAGAGUAGCAAGGCCAGAAACAUUGCUUCUCAAUGGGGUUGACCCUCACGACAUACCCCCAACAUUACCCUUAAAGGACUACACCCAGAUGGAGGAAGUGGAACCGGAACCUCAGUGCAAGUCCAAACCUUCUGAAUCAGUCGGCAGGAAUGAGGCACAAAGUGUGGCUGAAGCCACCGAAGAGUCAUCGGUGUUCAAACAUUCAGAUAGUGUGGAAUUUUAUCUGGACAGAUGUGAACAAAGCGAAGCAGAUGUGGUGGAUUCAGCCAAAGGGCUGUGCCCUUCUGACAGCUGGGAAAGCAUGUCUUCUCAAAAUGGAGUGCUGCAUGCCGAUCUGAAGCUUAGGGUGAAGGAGAGGGCCUACGCAAAGCUGAGGGAAAGACAACAAAACUGCAGAGAGGCGCGUGAUCGCCACGGAGGAGAAAGCAUCGACUACUAUGGGGACAUAACAUACAGAGUAGAUUAUAAAGUAUCAGGGGACCACGAUGUUCUGGAAAACACAGACACCACACUUCUCGCUCAGGAGCUUGAACCGUAUUUGAGGUCACUUCUUGUAAUAAGCGAUGAGCUACCUUUAAGCCCAAGGCAUGAGCAAGCCAAGCGUCUUCUAGAGCGAGCCAGGCUCAAGGCUCGCUCCAACCUCCUCAAAGACGACCGCCCCCGACGCUCUCAGUCUGAUCAAAGAUCCACAGUGAAAAAUCAUCAAGUUGAACCUCCCAAUCACACAACAAUACAGAAAACUGUUCAAACCAAAGAAGAUUCUCCAUCCCAAGCCUCAUCUGGUCCUCUUCUGGCUCCCACACAAAGGGACUCUUCUCCGGUGAAACAAGCAGAUCGACCAAGACGGUAUGGCUGUUCCCCCACACGCGUGCGCUUUGAAGAUGAAUCCGAGAAAGAAGCUGAGUCCCGCUAUCUAGACAGAGUGAGACAGCGUGGCAGACCUGGAAUGCCCAAGUCCAGGGCGAAGGAAAGUAAUACAGACUCCAGCAGUAGUGGCUCAGAGAAGAGCAGAGGCCACAGGAGUAUCUCUUUGCCACCUUCACAAAAGCAAGAAGAUCUUGUGACAAACGAUGAAACAACUGUUAUUAAAGAGAUCAUAGUGCUGGUGAAGAAAUGUGAAGCGUGUGGCUCCGUAGUCAGGGAACCUCAGCUGGUCUCCUCACCUUCUGAACUUCAGAACAGUGAGCCACAGCAGACAGCUUCCCCAGAGGACCCGCGUGGAAAAUCGACUUCUGUGUGGGUGCCAUCAAACAAACCAGAUGCGAGCACCCGCCCUAAAGCUCCUCUUACCGUCACGUUUGCCGGAGCUUAUGUGCUGGGAGAAAAUAAAGAAAGCAGCACAGGGUGGAAAUCUUCUGGCUUUGGGAAACUCCGAAGACGAAGCAGAAAGGGGGAAAAUCGUUUGGAGUCUGGUCACGGUCCUUACGGCCCAUCUUGGGCUCAGCGACGAAACUCCAAUCCACGGAACAGGGUCAACUUGAGCAGAGCUGUUUCAUUUGCUCCUGGGAGCCCCGUUGCCUUAGAGCCACAUUUACUGGAGGCAUCUGGUGGACUUAGAGAAGCAUCCGCCCCAUCACUGCCCAUAAAAUCAGCCCUGAAGUCAAGCUCGAGAAAUCGCUCAUCUGCAGGUCAGUCUACGGUUCAGUUCCAGGUUUCCCCUGUUCAGGGAGGAGAAAGUGGUUCUCAAUCCCCGGAUUCCCCUGAAGCAAGAAGGGAAUCUCCUGUGUCUACACACCAAGGGUCACCAGCAGCAAGCAGCCCAGUACCCUGCAUUAGGCCCUCCACUCUUAGAUACUCCCCAGCCAGAAUCCCCACGGAUCUGCCAUCGGCUGAAAUCUGGGAUGCCACAUCAGAUGGAGCAGCAGGCAUAAGUGGAGAGACAGGUCCUGGUUCAGACUUUCGAGCUCUGCGAGGCAUGGGAAUGUCUCGGGCUGAGGACCUCAGAGCUGAACUACUGAGAGCUGAACAUCUAAAAGCCGAGGCUUUGUGGGAAGAAAGCUCUGACUGGCUCCAGGUUUGCACUUCAUAAUCUUACACGCGAAUCUCCUCCUACACUAAAACUGCCACAGCAACAACUCUGCGUGGAGCUGUUCCAGAAGGAAGAUUAAAACUAGAACUCUGACAAACAGCACACUUGAUACUGCAGCUCAAAAGAUUGUGUGAAUACUUCCACAAUUCUGCCCUCUAUUGGAGGGAAAAAGCAAGUAAUCUUUUGUAUAUUACAUGAAAUCAUUUGGAAAGGGAAGCACAAAAUGAAGGGGAUAAUUCAUAAAGCAGCCUCCUCCAUAAUUUGCAGUUCUCUUGCAUGUGGUACUUACUGUAUUU